UUCAGUACGGGAGUAAAUGUCGGCUGGUGAAGAUCUAUUAAGUGCAAAGAAAAGCCGAUGAUAUAGUGAAAAUAUUUAAAAAAAAAAAAUUAUACACAUUUUCUGGUACAUAGUGGUGAAAGUGUGAACAGAAAGUAAUAUAAAUCUAUAUAUAGAUAUAUAGAUACAUACAAUAUUUUAUAAUACAUAUUAAAAUUUAUAUGAUUUCAAAUAAAUCAUUUUAAAAAAAGAAUUAUAGACUAAUUAAAACCAAGCAAAAAUGGCUGAAGUACCAGAGGCUGUUAAAAAAUGUGCGUCCAUGUUAAAGGUCACCAAAAGUGAUACCGAAAAAUUUGCUGCACUUUUUAUGGUUACCAAGUUGGUUAAGGGCAAGGAUUGUAAUAGUGCAGCCAAGAAGUUGCUGUUCGAGGCUAUUGGUUUAGCCUUCCUAAAGAAGUUAUUAAGUGGCAAAAAUUUGCCCAAUGACUGCCCACCAUUGGUCUACAAGAGUGUAGCCUUGUCGAUUUUGACUUGCUUCUGCCAAGAAGAAGAAUUGGCUACCCAUAAAGAUAUUUUGGAUGUUAUACCCACACUCUUGGAGAUUGUAGAGCAAGCUGAUGAUGAUGAUUGUGAUGAUAAUUUGAUUGUAGUUAGUGAAGCUUAUAGCUGUUUGAAAUUCAUUGCUUCAUAUGAACCUGGUCAAAAUGCCUUAAUGGAAAUGAAGGCCAUACCCAAAAUGUCUCAAAUUUAUUCAGCUCAAAGUUUUCAAACCGAUGAGGCGUUGCAGUUGAUCGUAUUGUUGGUCAACAAGUUUGGUGCAGCUUCCUGGACUGAUGAUCCAAAACCUUUCCAUGCUUUGGUUCAACGUAUUGCUCUGGAUAUGGAGACAGAAAAUAAUGAACGUAAAUACGAAUUGUGUAAAAUUUUAUCGGCUAUUUUGAAGACCUGCAAGAAAGAGUUGAUAUACAACUCUUUGGAGGGAGAAAUCUGGCCUGAAAGUUUAUUCAAAGGCUGUGGUGAUAUUUUGAAAAGCAAAAUUGGACCUAAACAAAGGGAUCCUACACUUCAUUUGAUAGCUAAUACCCUUAAAGUAUUGGGAAUCCAAUGGGCUUUUAUGGAUGAUGGUAAACAAUUUUACUUGAUGAUUUUGCAAAUGGCCGCCAUUGAGGUAAGAAUGCAAAUGGAUGAAAAGAAAUUAGAAGCCACUUUCCGCAACUGUGAAUUGAUACAAUGUUGCUUUACCAUUUUGGAACGCUGUGUCGAAUAUAUGGCUAAAGAUAUUUUAGACUUGGAACCCAAGGAAAAACAAACUACCUACACAGCUCUUAAAGGAGCUUUCAAUCAAGUUUUGGCUGUUUUAACCCGCGUCUCUAAUGAUAAAAUGAAGGAUACUACCAAUCCUAAAGAAAAAGCUUUUAUUAGAGGAACAGUGCGCAUUUUAGCCGCUUGGUUAGCUCAGGAAACUACAGCUAUGAGGCCUGCUAUUUACAAAUUAUUGCCUUUCAUGUUUAAGGUAGCUAAUGAGUCUUUUAACGAACUUAAAGAAUGGAGAGCUGGUCCCAGAGAUACAGAGGCUCCCGAAGAUGUACUAAGAGUCAUGUUGCCAGCUUUGUGUCACUUGGUGGUGGAAGAUGACGCCCGUAAAGUAGUUUUUGCCACUAAACAAGAUGAAGUUUUCUUGCAAAGCUUGGAAUUUUACUUCUCCAUUGCUCACUAUAAGAGACCACCCAUCCCUAGAGCUGAACGCUUGAAACGCAUGAAUGAACCAGAUCCCGUUCCCACACCAGAACAACUGGCUGAAAUGAAAGAUGCUCGUGCUGCCAUUUGCUCUUUGUGUAAUAUUUUAAUGAACUUGACUGUCUUGGAACCCAAACUAGCCGAAGAUGGUCCAUUCUUUGCCAACCUCUUUAAAUUUGUUUACGAACAUUUGCCUGAACUUAAAGACACUCAUGAUAAUCUAGUUAUGCAUGGCAACUUGUCUGUCUUAGGUUUACUAUUACUUAAACAACAAGCUAAGAAAGUUAAACAGAACGAUUUCUCAAUUUGUCGUUAUAUUCAAGCUACCAUACGUUUCCUCUGGGAUGCCUAUAACAUCGAUGAGUCUAAUGAUCCCACCGCUUUAGUGGUGUCCAUUGCCUAUAAAGAAAAUUGGAUGGAAUUGUCAGAACUUUGGUUCUUAGGUAUGCAGACAAUGUGUGGUGUUUUGCCAUUGGUACCCUGGUUAUCUGAAUUCGCCAUUGAGUCCGGUUGGGCUGAAGGUAUUGUUCAGACCUUGAAAAAGGUUAAGAUUGGAACUCUGCCGGCCAACGUUAAAUCAGCUUAUGAAGACUUUUUAUCCCAACUUGUAGAAGUUAACUCCACAGUUACAGCUGUUUUGAAGAAGGCUGAUGCCUUGAGAGUAUGUCGUAAUCACCGUAUGAUGGAAUUGGGCAAGAAACUUUUCGGUGACUAAGACUUUUUACAAAUACAUAUUACAUUUUUUAAUUUCCUAUUUUAUAAGUCUAAAUUCUUAUUUUAUAAAUACAUUUUUUCACCACAAAAAGAUUUUAACAAAAGUUUUGUAAUUUAAGUAAUAAACAAUUUUAUAAAAAAACGUA